AUGGCGCAGAGCUGGUUCAAGCGACAUCCUCUUGGUAUCUAUCCGCGUGGUAAUGCGAAGAAUUUAGAUGAGUUGGUCUCCCCGAGGUUCGGUAUUCUCUCAACCCUCCAGUUUGCCAGCAAGGGUCGUGCUGGUAAAUGUUGUAUUCUUGGAUCACAACCAGCAGAAGAGGCGUUUGUUGACGUGAUGCUCCACCUUCUUUCAUUCGUCGCUGUGGAUGAUAUGUGCAGGUUAUCGGCUGUAUGCACGGGGUGGUAUUGCUUUAUUCAUGCAUCAGAUGCGUUCAAACAGGCCCAUGGGUUGCUUUCACCUACGUAUACGUGCUUCGAAGGCAGCUGGAAGGAAACAGCCAUUCGUCGCUUUAUCAAAUUACGCUCCAAGCAAAGGUUAAAUACGGCAAAGCGGAUGCGUCUGGAGGGUGGUACACCUGGGGUUGGGGAAACUGUGAACUUGUCCCAUCGUCCGGUGAUGGUGAAGCGCGCCUUUUACAAUGAUCAGUUGUUUCAGGCAUGGAUGUGCACCAUUCUUCCCUGCCACUACCAUCUCCGACAAUCAAGUAUUGCCGGCACCGCAACUGCAAAUCGGCAGCCAAGUGUAUUGUCGGCUCGGGGUCGAUAUCGUAGUCCACUCAAGGAAGUUCCGCGGUGCAGCGGCUUGUCAGUAGACGAGUUCCGCACUCGAUUCGAGGAGACUAAUUUACCGGUUAUUAUAGCAGACGUGGCCACUGAAUGGCCUAUUUACAAAAUAUUGCAGGAGAAGUUUGAAAACCUUGCUGUAAUGCAGAAAAAGCUCUUUCGCCCCGGCACGCGUCCUGACGUCCCAAUGUGCUGCGAACACACAACCAUGAGUGUCGCUGAUUAUGUUCGGUACGCUCGGGACCAGACCGACGAGCGUCCUAUCUACCUCUUUGACUCAGAGUUUGGUACUUUUAUGGAUGUAGAGUCGCUGUACACUGUUCCCGAGUAUUUUAGCCGUGAUGAUUUUUUCAAGGUUCUUGGUGGUGCGCGGCCCAAGUACCGUUGGAUAAUUGCCGGACCACGCCGUGGUGGAAGCAGUUUUCAUGUGGAUCCCAACUAUACCAGCGCUUGGAAUGCUAACUUGACAGGGCUAAAGCGGUGGAUUCUGCUUCCACCUGGUCACACCCCCGCAGGGGUGUUCCCCAGUGAAGACAUGUCGGAGGUUGUAACCCCCGUUUCUUUGACGGAGUGGUUGCUGAAUCAUUACGAUGCCACAGUGGAGAAGUGGCGUGACGUUGCGUACGAGUGCGUAUGUGGACCAGGGGAUAUUAUGUUCAUUCCUUGUGGAUGGUGGCACUUUGUUAUUAACCUGGAGGACUCGGUUGCAAUAACACAAAAUUAUGUGUCAAAGUGCAACCUCUCGAGUGUACUGAAGUUUCUCUCUGUCAUGAAGUCUUCUAUCAGCGGGAUUGAUGAGGAUGUGGACAAUUGCGACACGAGCCGAAUGGUAGAGACGCGCCGCGCUAACUUCGCUGAAGAAUUUGCCGCGGCGAUGCACUUGUCGUACCCCGAGUUGAUGCAGACUGUUGCUGGCGAGGCUAAACGUGAGGCAGAGGAACGACAUGAGAAAAAGAAGAUGCGAGCUGCUCUUCCGUUGUUGGAUGUUGGUAGCAACGGCUUUGCGUUCAGCUUCUGA